AUGGUCGAAAAUUUCUCGGCACCGAAGCAAAGUACAAUUACUUGGCCGACUUUGCUUGACUAUACUAAAAUCGAUUGUCAACGAAUCCUACGGCGGCUUGAGUUGGAAGCCUAUGCAAAAAUUGUUACCGUGUUUCGAGCUCAAGGCCCGUUAACUGGCGAAAAGCGAAAGACCCUCCAGGAUCUUCAACGUUUAUUAAGCAUAGCAUCAGACAGGCAUAAGGCCGAGGUCCGUCGGGCCUUGAACGAUGAAGAGCUGGCCACAAUUUGCGAAUCUAUUUGCGGUAAAGAGGCAGAUGACGCAUGGAUCUUAGAGGGGAAACGCAUUGCCCCCCUCCUCGACAGAGGCAUUCCCCAGACUGCAUUUUUGCCCCGCGCCAACCUUGCGUCAGCUAAGUGGGCGGAGUUAAAUUCAAAGCUGCCACAACCCUUUGAAACCGCAGAAAAGGAAGAAGAGUUCGGUCAAGAUACCGAUUGGAUCCAAUCGGAGGAACACAGAAGCCCUGCUGCUGGAGUACGUUCUUGUUAA